AGUGUCUCGCUGUGGAGGUGUUUCUCUAGGGGGUGUUGGGGAUGGCUCUCUGGAGGGGGCGGUUGUUCCCUUCACACCUGAGUUCAGGGUCAGGUUUUCUUCUUGGCCCGGAGCAGGUGUGAGCCUGUUCAAUGACCAGGGCUGCUCUUGCUGCCUCUCUCCUAGAUUAUGCGGCUCUUCCCCCGCAGCAGCCAUGGGUUCUGUGCUUUCCCUCUCUGUCAAUAACUCCACCUCAAGGCAGAGCAAGAAGCCUGAGGAUGACGAUGACGACUUACUCGAUAGCCGAGACCGUGUGGAAGACAUUGCCAAGUUUCCAUAUGUCGAAUUCACGGGUCAGGACAGCAUCACCUGUCCCACUUGCCAAGGCACCGGCUGCAUUCCCACAGAGCAGGUAAAUGAGUUGGUGGCUCUGAUACCCUACAGUGACCAGCGGCUUCGUCCACAGAGAACGAAGCUCUACGUCCUGCUGUCGGUGCUGCUCUGCCUCCUGGUAUCGGGGCUGGUGAUUUUCUUCCUAUUCCCGCACUCUGUCCUGGUGGAUGAUGAUGGUAUUAAAGUGGUUCAGGUUUGGUUCGACAAGAAGAACUCCGUUGUCAUUCUUGCCAUCACGGCCACGUUACGCAUCAGGAACUCCAACUUCUACUCGGUGACGGUGACCAGCCUGACUAGUCAGGUGCAGUACAUGAACACCGUGGUGGGAACCCAGCAGAUCACCAACGUCUCCAGCAUCCAGCCUCUGAGCGACAAACUGGUGAAUUUCACUGUGAAGGCAGAGCUGGGUGGACCCUUCUCCUAUGUGUAUUUCUUCUGCACGUUUCCCAAGGUGAAGGUACAUAACAUCGUCAUCUUCAUGAGGACGUCGGUGAAGUUCUCCUACAUCGGCCACGUGACGCAGAGCGCUCUGGAAACGUACCACUACGUGGACUGCAGUUCCAACUCCACAGCUGCCCAGGACCCGCUGCCUGCCCUGUCCCGCUCAGCACGGGGCGCGGCCAAAGCUGAGACCAAGCCCUGAGGCCACCACUGUUUUCCUCGUGCAGAUGGAUUUCUAGAAGGGACCAGGGACUUUUCAACUGGAAGCAGAGGGAUGGCGAGUGACUUGGGGAGAUAUUUGAAAGCUUUGGGUCCUUUCUGUGCCCUUCCACGUGCAGCCGGGCUGUGCUGCUGUUCACAAAACCCUCUCGGGGUGUUUGUGUGUUUGUUCGUGUGCAAGCAAACAGGUCCCUUCCCAAAGUCGGGGUCGUGCUGGCCCUGCCUUCCUCUUCGAUUCCGAAGAAUUAAUUUUUGGUAGGGAAAACAGCCUCGCGCUUCGUGCAGUGGGGUCUGAAGGUCCCAGAGAUUUAGAGUUGACUUUUUAGGCUGUUUUGAAGCUUAGUGCUGUAUCGGGUCCUUUCAGCUUCAACUAAUUAGUCCCGUGCAAUUAAUUUAUUCCACUUUUGUUCAGUGGCAGCACGUCACCGGCUCGUUUCAGCGCUGAUCUUGCUCCAAAAGGAUGGUUCUGGUAGGGAACCCUCAGCCGCAGGCUCCCACCUCUGUAACUUCUCCCAGAAGGAGGACAAGGAAUCAAAAACCCUUGAAACACCCUUUUUUCUGUUGUGCAGGAUUUGUUUGCUGGCAGCUGAGGCCACCUACAGCAAACCAGCACCAAACCACUGGGGUGUUUUUUUUGUUUUUUGGUUUGUUUUUUUUUUGAAGACAGCCUCAGUAAGUGCAGCGCUGCUGGGGAUGCGUGAAGGGUCCGUGUGAAUUAAACCUUCCUCCUCCUCCACGUGUGGCUCGGAGCCUUCCUCCCCCCCACAUUCACCAGCUGCAGCAUCUCUGGGGUUUGAAACUGGGGAAUUUGUAGCUCGGCGUGGCUUUGUACUUGCGCCUGCAGCAAACAAACGCGGAUUUAAACUGAUUUUUGGUGGGAGUUGGGCGUUUCAAAGGCUUCGCUCCCGGGAGCUGCCCCUUCCCCACGGAUGCUAUCCACUCUGUUCUUAAAUAAAUGUGAAAACUCAACC